AUGUUGAACCGAUGUGAGCUGGUGCUGUGCAGAGCACCUGCUCAGACACUGCGGUGUGAAGACAUUGAUCCAUCCUCUGGACGGGGCGCCACACAGGGGACGCCGGCUGCAGGUGAGACGGCCAAACCGACGACCGCGGUCAUCAAAGUGGAGGACGACGAUGAGACCUGGGGCUGCUCUGCUCAGGACAAUCUUAUUCCUGUUGUUGACGAACAGACGACAGACGCAGAAGCUCCGCCCCUGCUGACUAAACAGGAAGUAACGGAGGAAGGUGGCGGUUCUACUCGAGCUUGGGCGAGCGAGGAAGUCAGCUCCACUUCAGUGUGCGUCCAGAAUACGACAAACACCAGCCAGAGUUUAGAAACCGGCAGCUUCGACUGUCUGAUGUUCGAGCCACAGCUUCAGCACGGCUCAAUGAGUACCCAGAAUCCUUUGCCAGAGGAUCCCAGCUGCUCGUACGCGUCGAACACCAGAGGGAGAGUUUCAGCUGCGUCCGAUUCGGGCAGCGUUUCUUUCACCGUCGGGGAGCUGAGCCCGCCGGUGGCAGAGUGCAGACAGCCUGCAGGCUUACAGAACAACCAGCAGAUGGCGCUGCAGCUUCCUGCGAGAAAAGAGACGAGAGAGAGGCAAAGUGCUUUCCUCAGACGGGACCGGUGGAGACAUCUGGACGCCGCGAGCAGGGUGUCCAGUAACAGCGGGGAGGACAGCGCGGGGAAAACGUUUGUGUGCAACUACUGCGGGAAAACUCUGGCCUGCCUGAAGAACCUGAAGACCCACAUGAGGGUCCACACGGGCGAGAAGCCGUACGUCUGCAUGCUCUGCGGAAAACGCUUCUCCGACCCCAGCAACCUGAAACGCCACCAGAGGGUCCACACGGGAGAGAAACGCUACAACUGCGUCCACUGCGGCAAACGCUUCGCCCAGUCGGGAUCCCUGAAGGUCCACAUGAGCGUGCACACGGACUGCAAGCAGUUCAGGUGCUCGCACUGCGGCAAGACCUUCAUCUCCAGCAGCCACCUGCGCCGCCACGUCACCACGCACGCUGAAGAGAAUAGAUUAACGCUUUAGUGACAAAGGUGGGAUUAUGGGAAAUGGUGUUAAAUCCUACAGGAGCUACCCGUGUAGGAGAUAAUGAAAUCAACAUGAACAGGACUUCUUCUUUUACUCAUAAGACGUAACUGAUAUGCGUUUUUUUUUUCUUGUUGGUUUCGAUGACAGCAAAUAAACUUUUUUCCAGCUAGAGUCUCUUUGAUAAAAUGAAUCAGUCAGUACGUUUACAUGAUGUUUACAAAAGUGGAUUUAUUGUCUCAGUAUGACUAUAACUGGACUUUAAAAUAGUCCAGUUGGUCAUUUCCUCCAGAUCCACUUUUUAAGAUU